AUGCAAUUCUUGGAAAGUCGUCUCCGAACCGUUGAAGCUGAGCUGUCCCAAAGGCCCUCGCCGGGAAAUCUGCCCAGUCAUGCACCAAACAAUGUCAUUGACAAGACCAGUCCCGGGGACACGGUCAUCGAGAGUGUCCCAACCCCACUCUACGAAGGCGAGUCUUCGUUUGCAAGUCAAUCAGCCCAGGCAAAGGAGAUUGUUGAGAGAUUCGCACAUCCUAGUUGCGGACCUGAUGCUUUAAGUCUGAGUGCAACUCUGGAUUCCAUCAAUAACCUCCUUGGUUCCAAUCCGCAAAAUAAACCACUUAUCCACGACACUAAUACCCAUUCGAAAGCAAAUUAUCUACCGUUACCUGCGGAAAUGAUCGUCACAAUGCUCCGUAGAUUCCAAGUCUAUUUCCCCACGCGGAAAGUAUCUGUUGGUGACAUCGCGGCCAUGCAUGGGGUUCUCUACUUCGUCUUGAAGGAGUGUAUCUGCACUAAGGAUACCCUGUGCGAGCAAUUUGACCUCGAAGCACAUCUAAAAACGUGCAAGGAGAGCUUCGAAGUGAGCCUGAUGACGGCCGAAGUUCUCGCGGUGCCUAGCUUUGAGAACCUCCUGGCAUUGGCCAUGGGAGCGAUCAAGGCUCAGGACGAGGCAAACCCAGUACUGGGGAGUAACUUGGUUGCAAGCGCCGCACAGCAUUGCCAGAUGCUAGGCCUCCAUCGUGAAUCCACCUACCAAAGGGACAACACCGGCAAUGCAGAUGAUAAGCGUCGCUUGUUCUGGACAAUUUAUAUGAUGGAUCACACCGCAUCCUUGUUCCUAGGUCGAGCAUCGUAUAUCCCCGAUUUUGACAUUGACUGUCGCUACCCUCCGCUAUCGGAGAAUCUAGCUUUCCGCCCAUGGGACUCGGCUUUCAUAUUUAUCGUUAAGCUCAGCGAAAUACAGGCUGAGAUAUAUAAUCAGCUAUAUUCGGCACAAGGUCUCAGAAAAGGGCAAUCAGAACGCAUUCGGUGCAUCAAUGACCUUGAAUUAGCUCUGCGGGAGUGCAACAGGGGCCGAAAAGAGAUAACUCCAGAUCAUGUUGACAACAAGGAACUAUUCUAUAUGUGCGAUCGGAUCUGGGAUCUAUCAUUUUACUCUACACUCACCACAAUGCUCCGUGCAUCAUUUACGGCAAGAAUCGGUGGGGAAAUCGAGACGCGAUGCCUCGAGGCCGCACGCUUGAGCCUAAACAGCCAUUUACGAUGCUUUUCCGACUACCAGCAGUCAAGCCGGUUUUCAGUCGCAGAUUAUGCCAAUUGGGUCCUGCUCUACUCGUCAUUUACCCCUUUCAUCGUGAUAUUCCUCCAUAUCGUCGCAGCGAAGAGUCGAGUCGACCUCGACCUAUUGGAAACCGUGGUCAAUACUCUACACCCCAUACAAGCUAUCUCGGAUGCCUCGGCGCGACUUUAUAAAAUCUGCUUUGCCUUCUCUCGGGUAGCUCGCGGCUUAGUUGACAAUCAAAGCCCAUAUGGCGGGAAGCCGACCGCAGAAAAGGACUCUUUACAGUUACCAAAUGGCCCACGUCAAGAGAUAAUGCCAUCCCUCGAGUCAUCCCAGGGAUUCCCCGUCGAUAUGAUGGACUACUUGACCCACCCGGAGGCACAAGACAUUAAUGCUAUCCUGGAUACCUGGGACAAUGGCCAGCCCAACCAAAGCGAGACAUCAGUGUCCGAAGCACCAAGCCAUACCAGACAAAGCAGAUCACAGGAAGAACAAGCUGCUGCUGCCGCCGCGAUGAAAUGGGGCAUUACCCCCUCGAAACCCUACGAUCCAAACGAGAAGCCGGGACCAGAUCACCCAGUGCACAAAAUCCCACUUGAGAAGCAAGAGAAGAUGAAGAAGAAGGGGAUUAAUCCUGUUCUUCGCGCUGAGAUGGACGAGUCAAGGAAAGGGCAAGGUGGUUUCUGGGGAAAGGUGGCUCAGACUUCGAUGGGAGGAGGGUGGAUUAAAUGA